AUGGCGUCCUGUGCGGCCCUGCGCCUGGCGCUGCUGCUCGUCUCCGGGAUCCUGGCCCCCACGGUGCUCACAGCUGAGGGUCCGCAGGCGCCCGACCCCACCCUGUGGAACGAGCCCGUCGAUCUGCCGUCGGGAGACGGCCCCGCGGAGAGCACGAGCCCCGGCCAGGAGCCCGCGGCCCCCGGACAGCCCACGCCCACCCUGGAGCCGGGCCCCGAGGACAGCACGGCGCGCGAGCCGCUGGACCCGGGCAGCGGCUCGCUAGGGCCCGGCGCCAUCGCGGCCGUCGUGAUCGCUGCCCUGCUGGCCACCUGCGUGGUGCUGGCGCUCGUCGUGGUCGCGCUGAGAAAGUUUUCCGCUUCUUGA